ACUGGACAACGGGGGUGGGAUCUCGUCGACUCGUGCCUUCCCCGAUGGCUCGCUUCCUCCUCCACCGCCCUCUCCUCCUCCUCGCCGCCAUCUCCGUCGCCAUCGUCGCAUCUCUCGCCCGCCCAGCCGCCGCUGUGCGCCCCUUCGUGCUGGUCCUCUCCGUCGACGACUUCCUCAAGGACUCCUCGGCGCACCCCUCCCUGCCCUCCGCCGACUCCGCCGGCGCCGACGCCGACGCCGACGAGUGGGACGACUUCGCCGACGACUCGCCCGGCGCGGACCCGCUCCUCUCCCCUUCAUCCUGGGUUCCCCUCCUCGACCCCGCCAGCUCUCCCCCCUCGGGCGAUGAGCCGGACUCGCCGGCCGACUCGCUCUUCGUCGCGGGCGCCCGCGCCAUGCUCUCCGCGGCGUCCGAGGGGGAUGACGCGGCUUUCAUCACGGCCGCCGCGCAGAUCGAGGCCGCGGCCACGGCGGGGCACCCGGGCGCCCAGUCCGCGCUCGCGUUCCUCUCUGGCGCCGGGAUGACGCGCCCGGCGUCCCGAUCGCGCGCGUUCCUGCUGCACAAGUUCGCUGCUGACGCGGGAGAUCUUCAGUCUAAGAUGGCCAUCGCGUACUCCUACUUCCGCCAGGAGAUGUAUGAAGAAGCUGUUACACUAUAUGCUGAACUUGCAGAAGCUGCCCUAACAAGCUCCUUGAUAUCAAAAGAGCCACCAGUGAUUGAACCAAUCCGCCUCCACAGUGGGACUGAAGAAAACAAAGAGGCCUUGAGGAAGUCCCGGGGUGAGGAUGAUGAGGAUUUUCAAAUCACAGAGUACCAGGCACAGCGAGGCAAUGCUGGUGCCAUGUACAAAUUAGGGCUUUUGUAUUACUAUGGACUCCGAGGGCUCCGACGUGAUUAUAGAAAAGCAUUUCAUUGGUUUUCAAAGGCUGUUGAGAAAGGCGACACACGAGCAAUGGAGGUUCUGGGUGAGAUCUAUGCUAGAGGUGCUGGAGUGGAAAGGAACUAUACUGAAGCUUACAAGUGGUUGGCACUUGCUGCAAAGCAGCCGCAUUACUCAGCCUACAAUGGAUUGGGUUAUCUAUAUGUCAAAGGAUACGGGGUGGAGAAAAAAAACUUGACAAAGGCAAGGGAAUAUUUUAAACUUGCAGCUGACAAUAAGGAAGCUGGGGGACAUUAUAACCUUGGUGUGUUGUAUCUUAAAGGUAUUGGUGUAAAGAGGGAUAUUAUAGAAGCAUGCAAUCAUUUGCUUCAAGCAGUUAAUGCUGGGCAACCAAAAGCUAUUUAUCAGGUGGCGAAAUUGUUCCAGAAAGGCAUUGGUCUUAAGAGGAAUCUCCAUAUGGCAACGAUGCUGUACAAGUCUGUUGCUGAGAGAGGACCCUGGAGUUCACUAUCUAGAUGGGCUCUGGAAUCUUAUUUGAAAGGCGAUUUGGGGAAAGCGUUGCUCCUAUAUUCCAGAAUGGCAGAUCUUGGAUACGAGGUUGCACAGAGUAAUGCUGCCUGGAUUCUGGAUAGGUAUGGUGAUCAAAGUAUUUGCAUGGGAGAAUCUGGUUUCUGCACAGACAUGGAAAGACAUCUUCGUUCACAUGCUUUGUGGUGGCAAGCAUCUGAGCAGGGUAAUGAGCAUGCUGCUUUAUUGAUUGGUGAUGCCUACUACUAUGGUCGGGGCGUAGCAAGGGAUUAUGAACGUGCAGCAGAAGCAUAUAUGCAUGCUCAGUCACAGUCUAAUGCUCAGGCCAUGUUUAACCUUGGGUACAUGCAUGAGCAUGGUCACGGACUUCCCCUUGAUUUGCACUUGGCAAAAAGAUAUUAUGAUCAAGCUGUUGCGGUGGAUUCAGCUGCUAAGCUCCCUGUCAUGCUUGCUCUUACAAGUUUAUGGCUAAGGAAGAACUAUGCUGACAGUUUUUUGGUUCGUUUUAUUGAUUCACUGCCGGAGAUAUAUCCCGUCGUUGAGGAAUGGGUGGAGGAUGUUCUCAUGGAUGAAGGGAAUGCAACAAUAUUGACUCUCUUCGCUUGCCUUGUAACUGUCCUGUACUUGCGAGAGCGUCAACGGCGUCAGGUGGCUGCGGCCAACCCCCAACAACCUGAUGGUGCACCUAUGUAAUGCCGGUUUACAUCAUGAUGCGAGGUUCCUGUUGACGUGAUUGCCUGAGGUACAUACAACGGUUUCUUCUCAUUCAGAGAUCUGAAGUUUUGAUGAAUAUCUUAAAGGAUUGCGAAACAACAGUGCACAUAAUGGAGUUGUGGAUCACCUCCAACAUCUAGUGGCAUUUUCCCAGGGAUUUCGGGUUGUAAAAUGUUAGCUUCUUGACAUCACUUUGUGUACACUAGAAUUGAUUAGGGUAAAGACUGAAUCAGACAUGAAAGCUGCUGGAAACUACGAUGAUGAUGUGCUUCCAGGCUUCACCUCACAAGACUGACAAAGCUAUGCUUGUAAAGGGCGACAAUUCCUGAAAACUGUCUUCUUAGAAAUAUUGCCUUUUGUAUAUCACAAUUGUUCAAAAGUAGGAUUAGUUUUUCUCUUGUGCA